AUGUUCUCAAGGGCCAUCCGCCAGUCGAGCCGCCGGGUCGCUGCAAUCUCUGCCACGAGCAGGAUUGCGUCGGCCCGCGCUCCCGCGUUCAUCAACGCUACCCGAUCCUACGCCGCCGAAGCGAAGGCCACCCCCACCGAGGUUUCCUCCAUCCUGGAGCAGAGGAUCCGCGGUGUCCAGGAGGAGAACUCCCUCUCCGAGACUGGUCGUGUUCUCUCCGUCGGUGACGGUAUUGCCCGUGUCCACGGCAUGAACAACGUCCAGGCUGAGGAGCUUGUCGAGUUCGCCUCCGGUGUCAAGGGCAUGUGCAUGAACUUGGAAGCCGGCCAGGUCGGUGUUGUGCUUUUCGGUUCUGACCGUCUCGUCAAGGAGGGUGAGACCGUCAAGCGUACCGGAGAGAUUGUCGACGUUCCCGUCGGCGAGGCUCUUCUCGGACGUGUCGUUGACGCUCUCGGUAACCCCAUCGAUGGAAAGGGUCCCCUCAAGACCACCGAGCGUCGCCGUGCUCAGCUCAAGGCCCCCGGUAUCUUGCCCCGCCAGUCUGUCAACCAGCCCGUACAGACUGGUCUCAAGUCUGUCGACGCCAUGGUUCCCAUUGGACGUGGUCAGCGUGAGUUGAUCAUUGGUGACCGUCAAACCGGAAAGACCGCCGUUGCCCUCGACGCCAUGCUUAACCAACAGCGAUGGAACAAGGGUACCGACGAGACCAAGAAGCUCUACUGUAUCUACGUCGCCGUCGGUCAGAAGCGAUCCACCGUCGCCCAGCUCGUCAAGACCCUUGAGGAGAACGACGCCAUGAAGUACACCAUCAUUGUCGCCGCCACUGCCUCCGAGGCUGCUCCCCUUCAGCACGCUCUUAUCAUCUACGACGAUUUGACCAAGCAGGCCGUUGCCUACCGUCAAAUGAGUUUGUUGCUCCGCCGUCCUCCUGGUCGUGAGGCUUACCCCGGUGACGUUUUCUACCUCCACUCUCGUCUCCUUGAGCGUGCCGCCAAGAUGAACGACAAGCUCGGUGGUGGUUCGCUCACCGCUCUGCCCGUCAUUGAGACCCAGGGUGGUGAUGUGUCCGCUUACAUUCCCACCAACGUCAUUUCCAUCACUGACGGACAGAUCUUCUUGGAGGCUGAGCUCUUCUACAAGGGUAUCCGUCCCGCCAUUAACGUCGGUCUCUCUGUCUCCCGUGUCGGUUCCGCUGCCCAGGUCAAGGCCAUGAAGCAAGUCGCUGGUUCCCUCAAGCUCUUCUUGGCCCAGUACCGUGAGGUUGCUGCUUUCGCCCAAUUCGGUUCCGAUCUCGACGCUGCGACCAAGCAAACCUUGUCCCGUGGUGAGCGUCUCACCGAGCUCCUCAAGCAGAAGCAGUACGCUCCUAUGGCCGUCAACGAGAUGGUUCCUUUGAUCUACUCUGGUAUCAACGGUCUCCUCGACUCCGUACCAGUCAACAAGGUUCUCCAGUGGGAGGCUGACUUCCUUGCCCACCUCCGAUCGAACGAGUCCGACAUGCUCGCCCAGAUCGACCGGGAAGGUGCUCUCAGCAAGGAUCUCGAGGCUAAGCUCAAGGAGGUCGCAUCGAGCUUCACCAAGAGCUUCGUCGCAUAA